AUGGCCGUUGGAAAAUUCCGCUACAAAAUUCCAUUCUGGCUUGUCUUACUCUCUCCCUUUCUUUUAUGCCUCAUCUCGUUUCAACUCUAUUACUCAGCUAAAAGCAAUGAAAAUUUUACAGUCACCUUUUUAGUCCACAAGUUUGAACUUCCAAACUCUGUGGAUCAUAAGAAACCAAUUUCUUUUCUUAGAAAUUUUCUGGGCAAACAAGCAACACCAAAUAUCACUAGGAACAAGAGUACGGAAAUCGAUCAUCAUUUUGGUUCGUGCUUCGGUCAAUACAUUUAUGUCCAUGACCUUCCAAGCCAAUUCAAUGAGGAUUUGCUCAAGAAUUGCCAUAAUCUUGAAAAAUGGAAAGACAUGUGUGGCUAUCUAUCCAACAAUGGAUUCGGAACCAAGCUUGAGGAUGAAAAUUCCAAAAGGGUUUUGAUGGAAAAUGGUUGGUUUCUAACCCACCAAUAUUCCUCAGAUGUCAUUUUCCAUGAGAGGAUGAAGAGGUACAAAUGUUUAACCAAUGAUUCAUCCAUGGCUUCAGCAAUCUUUGUCCCUUUCUAUGCUGGCCUAGAUAUUGGUCAACACCUAUGGGGCUCCAACAUAUCAACAAGAGAUUCAUCUGCUCGAAAACUCGUCGAUUGGCUGUCGGGAAAACCCGAAUGGAAAACAAUGUGGGGGAGAGACCAUUUCUUCGUUGGAGGAAGAGUUGCAUGGGAUCUGAGGAGAAAAACAGAUGAGGAAGCCGAUUGGGGUUCCAAGCUCAUGUUCUUGCCAGAAUCAAGAAAUAUGACCCUUUUGACAAUGGAAGCGAGCUUGUGGAACAAUGAUAAAGCCAUCCCAUUCCCCACUCAUUUCCAUCCUUCAGAGGAAAACCAGGUGCUUGUUUGGGAAAAGAGAAUGAGAAAGAGAAAAAGAAAAUACUUAUUUUCUUUUGCAGGUGCACCAAGGCCUAAAUCCGGGUUUUCAAUCCGGAGUGAGCUGAUCAAAGAGUGUGAAUCUUCGUUGGAACUUUGCAAAUUCAUGCCAUGUGGUGGAUCCAAUAGAUGUGAUGAGCCUGCCAAUGUUAUCGGAUUGUAUCAGGAAUCAAUUUUCUGCUUAGAACCAGUUGGUGAUUCAGCUACAAGAAGGUCAACUUUUGAUUCAAUCUUGGCAGGUUGUAUUCCAGUUUUUUUCCAUCCAGGUACGGCUUAUUCUCAAUAUUUGUGGCAUUUACCAAAGAAUUAUCUCAAAUACUCAGUAUACAUACCAGAAAAUGAUAUAAGAAGGAAAAGGGUCAAAGUGAGCGAGAGAUUGCUUGGAAUUUCCAAAGAUGAAGCUAUGGCAAUGAGAGAGGAGGUGAUAAAGUUGAUUCCAAGUGUAAUAUAUGGAGAUUGGAGGUCUAAUAUGGAGAGGACAUUUGAUGAUGCAUUUGAUAUUGCUGUUAAAGGAUUGCUAGAAAGAGUUGAAAAAGUGAGGAAGAUGAUGAAAGAAGGUAUGGAUCUUAGUGAAUAUUAUGCGGAAGAAUACGAUUGGAAAUUUUGAUUUUU